AUGGGAGGUGAUUUUUAUGCGUUCUCAUUACCUGGACGUAGUACGAUGACGUUAUAUUUGCUACCACUUGGAGCAACAAAUGAAACAAUAUCACAAAGCUAUGACGUUCACAGUGUUUCACUGAAAGUGAGACAGAAGAAUAAAAUAAUAAAUAUUAAACAAGAUAUGAAGGCCGGUUCAUUAUGGCAGUACAGAGAACGUGUGGAACAGACGAUAUCGAUAUGGAUUCAUGAUGAAUUGAAUAAUACCGAUGUUAGAAAAAGCGUGCAAAAUAAUUCGAUUAUUAAAAUAGCUCGAAUGAUUGUGAUUGCUUCGAUUCGGGAUAUUGCAAUAGCGGGAACAAAGAAGAAUGAUUUUGCAUGCUUCAUGCCGACGCCGAUGAUUGUUGAUCGAUGUGCCAGAUUAACGAAUCCCACGUAUCAUCCAGCACGUCAAGCGUUUGCUCAUAAUUUACUAUUCACAGCACCAUCACAUUUAUGUCCAGAAGAAACGAUUGAUAUCAAAAGUGAUUUGACAACGGAAUGGACGUCAUUAUCAGUGAAAUGGGAUGAAGACGUGGAGGAAGUCAGUAUGAAGAAGAUAGGUGAUAAAAGCAAAUUUAUCAUGCAAUCUGGGCGAACGAUGAUGAAUAUUAUCAAUUACGGAGGCAGUAAUGGAAUAUAUCUGCACGAGAUUCCCGAAUAUUCUCAAUGGAUCAGUGAUGAAUCAUUUACGACAUGGGUACCGCCAGGUUUCAUCGGCGCCGCAUACGCAUUAAUGGCAUCGGGUGAAACACCGAGCAAUCUUAGCUUAUACAAGUUAUCCUUAAAUACUCAUAGUGCUUAUCGUCUAAUUCGGCACAUUCUACAACCAAUCUUCGCAGCACCAACCACUAUCGCUCCUUUGACAACAACGACAGUAACAGAAACCGUAACAGCUGAGGACGAAGAAUGCAUUGCUGAUUUUGCGGUAAUCAAUUCGUCAACAAAAUCUCCUACUUCAACAAGGAUCAAAAUGCGAAAAAUUGCAUCUCUUAUGGCACUUUCAAAUAGUUUAUUUGCAAUUUGCAUAUGUUUCAUGGCAUAUAGUGAAAACGAACAAUGA